AUAAAAGGAAUGUUGAAACGUUUGUAGUACAAUUCUGUUCUGAUACAACUUCCAGUCAAUUUAGCAAGGAUGAAUACUAUAUUCUCUGUAGUGUGUUUCGCGGCCAUUAUGGCACUAUCAUCAGCUCACAUGUGCCUUAUUAACCCCCAUCAGAGAGGAUCUAUGAUGGGCUUGAACAAAGCAGGAUCAGAUGAUUGUAUCUUGUUGACUGGACCAUGCGGAGGCAGAGCAAUCUCUACACCAACGGCAAUCUUAAACCCUGGAAAGAAUACCACUGUAACGCUACAGAAGAAUCUUGACCACUGGGCAAAGGCAACUCCAGGAUAUUUUGCCGUGACAAUUAUGCAGGGAACCAUGAUGAAAGAGAUUGGCCGAGUAAUGGACAUGGGAGAACCAUCCCUCCACCUCUAUUCAGUAGAGGCCAUGGUCCCAACCGGAAUGACGAUUGGGGGAGCUGUGCUACAGGCAACAUACGUAACAAACAAUUCUCAGGCUCCAGCCGUCUUUUAUCAGUGUGCUGAUGUGAAGGUUGAGAUGUGAGCUGGGAUCCAAAACACAAGACUUGGCCUUUUUGUAGUUUACCAAUUGACUAUACAAUCAUAUACCUCACCCAUUUAAUCCAACAUAGCUGUUAUGAUGUAUAUUGUAUUCACUGGUAAAUGCAUGCCUUAUAAUCUACAUAACGUUUUUUUCUAUUCUUGAAUUUAUUUAUGUAUUAAUAAAAAGCUACCAAUUAA